CUUGGUUGCUGACAUUUGUAACAGCUGUUGAUUGGAAACCGGAAUUACUGAAAAUCAACAAGACGUAAUCAAAAUGUCGACUCAUUCCGACGACGACGCGCAACCCACCGGGUCUUAUUCGACAUUAGAAGAAACUACCGGUACCUCGAAUGACGUGAAAGAUAACGCGCAUGAUGGUCCUACCAGCAAUCAUGAUCAGUUUUCUGCAGCAAAACCAAGCCCAGACAAAUCAUCUGUUCGAUCAGAAUCCACACCGCUCCAGCUGGAUGAAAGCUCAGGAGGAAACCAGUUGCCAUGCGCUGGAGAGGGCCUUAAGAUCAUCAUCAUAUCAUCUGUCACAUUCUCCAUUGCUAUUACAGUAGCACUAAUACUGCAGAUCUUCUUUGGAGCAUAUCAGAUUGAAUCACAUGGUGCUGUGGCGUGUGAUGUCGAACAGUGUUCCAAUGUUGGCGUAGAGGUACUUAAAAAAGGUGGGAAUGCUGUAGACGCUGCAAUAUCAACCAUGUUAUGCCUGGGUGUCGUCAACCCGCAGAGUUCGGGUUUAGGAGGCGGUGGAUUCAUGAUGGUAAAAACUAAAACUUCAGUAGAUGCGUUUGAUUUUCGUGAAGUGGCUCCAGAUGCUGCACAAGAAGACAUGUUUCAAACUAAUGAAACACUUUCAGUGAAGGGUGGUUUGGCUGUGGCGGUUCCCGGUGAACUUAAAGGAAUAGAAAUGGUGUGGAAAAAAUAUGGACUAUUAAAAUGGGGAGAACUUUUUGAACCAGCGAUUAAUUUAGCAACUGAUGGAUUCACGGUCACAGAAGCAACAGAGUCGAGUAUAGAUGACACGUUUGAUGAAUUAUCCCCAGAAUUGAAGGCACUUUUAGCUCCAAAUGGUAAAAAACUAAAAGCAGGACAGACGCUAACCAGGCCUACACUAGCCGCUACACUGCAAAUUGUAGCAACUAGUGGUGCGAGUGCAUUCUAUGACAGUGUCUUGUCUGAUAAUAUCGUAAAUAGCGUCACUUCUACAGGUGGUAUUUUAACAAGGCAGGAUCUCCGUAAUUAUGCAGCCAUUGAACGGUUACCGGUCGAAACCAAGUAUCAUGACUACACCGUGUACAGUCAUCCUGCACCUGCUGGUGGCCCGGUCUUCCUCUCCAUAAUCAAUAUACUUGAAAACUACAACUUUACAUCUGCAGACAGCAAUGAUCCCCUCACUUACCAUCGAAUUAUUGAGGCUUUUAAAUUUGCAUAUUCGCAAAAGUUGCAACUUGGAGAUCCUGACAAAGUGAGUGAGGUCAACGAUGUACAAGAUAUCAUGAUAAGUAAAGAGGCUGCGUUGUUCAUAAAACAGAAAAUCCUUGACAAUAGUACAUUCAAUGCCAGUCAUUACGGACCGUAUUUCCCGGACAUCGGGCAAGGAACCGCUUCAGUGACAGUCAUAGACAAGGAUGAUAACAUGGUGGCGCUCACAACGAGUAUUAAUUAUAAGUUUGGAAGCAAAAUAAUGACAUCAGAUGGUAUAAUUCUAAACAACCACAUGGCUGAUUUUACAUGGCCAGAGAAACAACAAUCAGAAUACAAUGACACAAUGUUGGCAAAUACUACUGCUAACUACAUAGAAGGGAGCAAGCGUCCCCAGUCCAGCGCUACCCCAACAAUAAUCUACCAUGAAACCAAGCCAUGUAACCCAAGGGUCGUGAUGGCUGCAAAUAAUGGAAGUCGGAUAAUAACCGCCAUAGCGGAAGUGUUCCUCAAUGUGUUCUCGUUCGGCGAAGUGCAUAUCAGUGACGCCAUAGAGGAACCCCGGUUUCACCAUGGACUUGUUCCGAAUGAAGUAGAAGUUGAAAAUGGUGUAUCAGACGACAUUAUUGCGGGACUUGAAAGCCGCGGACAUGACGUUGUCCAAGUGGACUUUUUGAAUCAAGUUAUGGCGGUGAUGAAACAUCAAGAUAUGUUAACAGCUCAUGCAGACAGUAGAAAACCUGGCUCUGGCUCCUCAGUAUUUUGAGAUCACCAUGUAUGGUGAUCUGGUAUUUUAUAUAGUAGUACUGUAAAAUCUGUAUUAGAAGCUGCGGCUUCAAAAUGGUAGAAUGCAAGAGAGGGGAUGAGGCUUCUAUUAGAGCAUCUACACAUACAUGUAUGAGAAAUGAUGAAUUUUUGGGUCUAAAUUGUUCAAAAACAAUGGGUACGGCUUCUAUUAG